AUGGAAAAGAGCUCAAAUCUGAAAACGUGUCGCUUGGGUGCGAGCAAGUACAGUAUUGAGGUGACAGAAAUGGCCAAUGCCGGCUCGGCGACUUUUAAUCCAAACGACUCACGGUAUAAAGCCUGUUGCUGUCAUGCCAAGACAUUCACGAUCGUCGUCGGGAUUUUGGAGAUUUUCGCUAUUUGCUUUGUACUCGUGGCUGUGCUACCAGAUGUCAAUUCGAGGUUAUGCGAUUUCUCUUUGCUACCACUGAACAUUACUGAUGAACCGCCGAAGCAGCCUGCUGAGUAUGGAUCUGCAAUAGCCAGUUUACGACAGUUGAUGUGUGAUCUCAGUAUUGUAUGGUUAAUAUGGGCAAUAGCGCAAAUUGUUGGCAUUAAUCUCGUCUUCUACGGAAUUAAAAAUAUACGUUGGCGAUUUUUUCUGCCUCACCUUCUCUUGAGGUUUCUUGGCACUGGUGUACUUGGCUGCCUUAUAGCUAUAUUGACAUUUUCUGCAGUAACCGAGCAAGACAACACAGCCAACAUCAUUGGCCUAGUGUUCAUUGCACUUCUAGUUAUUUUUUGGAUAUACGCUACGAUUACCGAAUGCUGGUGCGCACAUUUUGUGAAGCGAUCACAGGAAACGGGGUUUUCGAUCUCUGUAGCUCGACCCAUAGGCCCAGCUACUAUAUCACUCAGCGAAAGGGAAGCACCUGCUUCGCCGCCAGCACGACAAUUACCACCUUUACGUCACACUUACGGAGGACGACGAGAUCCUCAGAAAUAUGCCCAAUAA